AUGGUGUGCAAGGACACAAUUCAAGAUAUAGCGAAGGCUCGUCGAGCUCGAUCAGGCCAUCGGAAAUAUGAAUUGGGCUGUCAAGUUUUAAACGAUAAAAUGCUGUGUCGGGCUUACGGGUUCUACUACACACUGCUGCAUAAGCUUUAUGGUCGUAUUUCUAAGCGCUCGUUUCCCGUUUCUUUUCGUGAAAUCGCUUUUUCUGUAAAUACCCCGGUUUCAAGUCAGAUCUAUUGUGAUGGCGACUACCUCGAUUUGGAUUCUGUUACAUUGAAAAAUCAACUUGAAUCUUUUACCAGCAGGGAGAAUGCAGCUCAAAAGGAGCUCGUUAAGCUCGUAGAUGCAAUUGAUAAAAGCAAAAGACGGCCGACUGUUUUGCGUCGCGGUAUGAGCUUACCCUCGGAUGAUUUGCCCGAAUCUCAAGAUUCGCAAGGACCAAAGGCUUCUGAAAUCACUGUGAAAGAGGCUGUCCAGCACCUCAUUCAAAACUGUCUCACUCACUUGGGAGAUCUGGCCAGAUACGAGUCCCAGAUUCAACUUUCAACUUCUUUCUAUACCUCAGCUCUUUAUAUUGAUCCUUCAAAUGGCCAUCCAUUCAAUCAAAUGGGAGUUAUCUAUGCAGCAGAUAGUUGCUUUAAAAUUGACAAUGCCAUUGCAUCUUACAUUCGAGCGAUCGCAUGUAAAAAUCCAAGUGGCAACGCUUGUUUAACUUUGAAAAGAGCUGCAGGAUAUGUUGCUAGAAAAACUGCGACCGUAUUUGAGAAAUUUUUACGGGGGGUGUCACUCGAAAAAAAUUUUUGCGUCGCUCUUCUCUCUCCCUUUAUGAGUUUCUUCCGUUUUUGCUCUGUCAUUUUGGCAAAUUUGGAUGACUGGGUAAUUGUAACCGCUACAAAGGAGUUUUCAACUAGUGUCAACGCUUUGCUCUCCAUCAUUUUCAGUAGAGAUGUGCCAUCGGAACUGGCUAAAGAUACAGCUGAUAUUGUCAGUAAACUCAAGUUGGAAUACUCUAAACUGAAAGCAUUGAAGGUACUUCCCGAUGAUCUGAGGAAACUUCAACUCCGUUUUUUUAAUACAGUGGUUGUUUACGCUUUUGGAUUAGAUUCCAAUUUUUUGAAUGAGAAGAGCUCGGUCGCGAGACAGUGCAUUUUGCACGUAAUGACCUCAAUGAUAAACUGGUUUGCAGCCGCCGUGAAAGCAGUUCAUGAGAAGAAUUCUAUAGGUUGUGACAGUCACCUCCCUUUGGCACCUCUUCUGACCCUUAUUCUUGCCAUCAAACACCAGAUUACUCCUCAACUUUAUGAAGAAGGCCACCAACCCCUAAGCAAUAUGGAGGUGCUGAAAUUCGCACCUCCACUUUGUGAAGACGUUGUUAAUGUCCUUAAUUCCCUGGCUAAGGUAUCUAAGUCAUCUCCGAGGGUGGAUGUGGAUUUGGAGAAAGUCAACCUUCCUGAGAUCUAUGCUCUUCAGGGCUUUGAACCCAUCGGAAUUCCGGCUUUUUCUGGCCUCUUCCAAUCCGGUCCCUAUGAAGAACUGAUGCCUGCAUCAUUCUUCUGUCAGGAUGAAGAAGUACUAGCAGACCAGCAUCGAAAGCGCAUCUCUUUUCUCAUUAAUAAUCUGAUGUGUGUGGCUGAGAGCCUACCGAGUCUACUACAAUCGAUUGGAUCAAAGAAGCGAUUGAAAUGCGUCCAGCGUGAACCUCCUUGCCUUCCAAAUAUUGAUGCUCCAACCGAUUUGAAGAAGUGCGUAGAUCCGGGAAAACUUGCCGCUGCUAAUGUUCCCGCUAAACCACUGGAAGAAAGCAAAGUUGUCAACAAAUCUGAAAAAACGUCCAGUCCGGAGCGAGUUGUUUCCAGAAGUAAAAUGGACGGUAUCGACACAGAAGCACUGGCUCGUUUUAUGGAAGCGAAACAGAGAGAUAUUGAUCGACGUUUAAGGGAGAGCAAUGGAGAAAGUGCAGAGGAAAAUAGUUCCUUCAAAAGCUCUACUAGAAAUCAUGGCUAUUCGACUUCUAGGGCUGCCAAUAAUAAUCAUAGGAGUGGACCACCAAGAUUUUCGAAAAUUCAUCAAGAAAUGGCCAAUAAGAAUCCGUCUCAGCAUCGGGGUCAACAGGUGUGUGUGUGUAACAUGGAUUCACCUGAUCAAACCUCUUCAGAGGGAGCCCCAGUGUCGCAUUAUUCACAAACGACGGAAAGACAAGUUCGGCAUGCCGGAUACCAUCAAAAUUUGCCACUAUCAAGACCUCAUUUGCCUUAUUACCCUGGUCCACAGAGGAUGGCAUGGCCCCGUCAUCCCAUCAGACUACAACCGCCUCAUCACCAUCCUAUGGGUCCUGAAGCAUCGUGGUAUCCUAUGCAUCCUGCUCCAUCACCUUACGGAUAUCCUAUGCCGCCACCACAUACGCCGUAUAUGGCCAUGGCGACUUAUCAGUGA